UAAAACUGAUAAAGAAAUCAACCACAGAUAGAUAUAAAUACCAAAUUCUUCCCCAAUUAUACUUAUCGUCAAGACAAGCAUCUCAGUAAACUAUACAAUGACUUCAGUUGAUCCUAUCACUUGUCAUAUAUUGGACACAACCGUUGGUAAACCAGCGGACGAUGUGUUAUGUCAAAUCUCAUAUUUGGGAGCAAUCCAAAACCCUGAUACAGUUGAAAUUGAAAAUGAUAUAAAACCUUUCGCCAGAGCCAAAACAGAUAAAGACGGUAGAAUCAAACAAUGGACCACAGAUCCAUAUUCUGAUUUAAAGGCGUUAGGUAUAGAUUCAAACAAAAAUUGGAAUGAGCUUAAAUCUGGUAUAUAUAAGAUAAAAUUCUAUACGGGGAGUUAUUUCAAACGAAUUGGUUCACCAUCUACAUUCUUCCCAUUUGUGGAAAUCACAUUCCAAAUAGAAAAUCCUCCAGACAAUCAUUAUCAUGUCCCAUUGUUAUUAUCCAACCAUAGCUACACCACCUACAGAGGAAGUUAAAUUCGAUAAGUUAAAAUGUAUAUGUAUAGGAAAUAUAUAUAUAUAUAUCUAAAAUAAAUAGAAAGGAAAAAUAUAAGGUUCGUUAAAAAGAAAUAUGUUCGGGAAGUUGGGGAUUAAUCGUUAUUGUAUUAUUUUGUAUUCAUAGUUUCAACCAAUCAUAAGUAAAAGAAAUGAGUAUUAGUUUGAGAUUUUUCAUGUACCAACAUUUCAUUACAUUUAUAAUAGUUUAACUCAUUUUUGAUCUUUGAAAUCUCAGAAUGCUCAGUUAAAGUAUAUUGAGUAACUGCUUUA